AUGGGAGAAAUCGUUGCAGCGAAGAGCAACAUAAAGAGCAGUGGUACGUCCAUCCAGUGUCCGUUACUUAACGACACAAAUUAUACGGUAUGGAGAAUGAGAAUGGAGGCGGCGUUGAGAGUUCAUAAGGUCUGGGAGGCCAUUGAUCCAGGAGAGGCAAAAGGAGAAAAGAAUGAUGUCGCAAGAGCUCUGUUAUUCCAAUCGAUUCCGGAGGCAUUGAUAUUACAAGUGGGAAAUCUUGUAACUGCAAAAGAAAUUUGGGAGGCGAUAAGUACAAGACAUAUGGGAGCCGAUCGUGUGCGUAAAGCUCGAUUACAAACAUUGAUAGCAGACUUCAGCAGAUUAAAGAUGAAGGAUACUGAUUCUAUUGACAGUUUUGUCGGGAAGAUUCGAGAAUUAUCAACUAAGUCUGCGGCAUUGGGACAAAUUAUUGAAGAACCGAAGAUAGUUUUGAGGAUGUUGUGGGAUGUCUACAAGCCUAUGAAGAAAGAAUUGCUGAAGAUGAAACCGAGAAACAAGAAGAUCAGGAAAAAAGUAAGCUCAUGUACGCUAAUGCUGAUUCACCGGGGCAAACACAAGAGAGAUACGAAUCAUCAAGAGGCAGAGGCAGAGGAGGUCGUUAUGGUUAUCGAGAAAGAGGUCGCUGACGUCAAGGUUAUCAGAGUGGAGGAUAUCAUCAGAACGGUGGUUAUUAUUAAGAGAGACGCGUCAAAAGUUGUGUGCUUCAGGUGUGACAAGGUGGGACACUUUGCUAUGCAUUGUCCUGAUCGACUUCUUAAACUACAAGAAACAAAUGAAAACGAAGCAGAGACCACACAUGAAGCCGAUGAGUUAGUGAUGAAUGAGGUGGUAUUCCUUAAUGGACGCAAUGUCAUACCUAGCAAGCUCAAUACCUCUUCUAGCAUCCAUAAUCUAUGGUACCUAGACAACGGAGCGAGCAACCAUAUGACAGGGAACCUAGAAUUCUUCUCCAAGAUUGAUAAAAGGGUAACUGGGAAAGUGAGAUUCGGCGAUGAUUCUAGAAUAGACAUAGAAGGAAAAGGCUCAAUCAUCUUUUUGACUAAGAAUGGUGAACGUAAGGAGCUUUCGGACUGCUAUUUUAUUCCAGAUCUUAGGAGUAAUAUCUUGAGCCUAGGGCAAGCUACUGAGUCUGGUUGCGAGAUUAUUGGUGAAAGCAAAGAGAGCUCUGAAUCGACUAUAAAGUGGCUAUGGAGGUAG